AUGGCAAAAAAAAAAGCAUUUAUUUCCCUUCUAUAUCUUGCAUCUAUAGUAUUUUUGCCUUGGUGGAUCUCUCUCUCAUUUACAUUUAAUAAAUGUCUAGAAUCUUGGGUUAAUAAGUGGUGGAAUACUAGGCCCUCCGAAAUUUUUUUGAAUGAUAUUCAAGAAAAGAAUAUUCUCAAAAAAUUCAUAGAAUUAAAAGAACUCUCCUUCUUCGACGAAAUGAUAAAGGAAUACCCGGAAAGGCAGUUACAAAAGUUUCACGUCGGAGUCUACAAAGAAAUGAUCCAAUUGAUCAAGAUGGACAAUGAAGAUCGUAUCCAUACGAUUUUACAUUUCUCAACAAAUCUAAUUUCUUUACUUAUUCUAAGUGUUUAUUCUAUUCUAGGUAAUGAAGAACUUAUUUUUCUUAACUCUUGUCUUCAAGAAUUCCUAUAUAAUUUAAGUGACACAAUAAAAGUUUUUUCUAUUCUUUUAUUAACUGAUUUAUGUAUAGGAUUCCAUUCGCCCCAUGGUUGGGAACUAAUGAUUGGCUCUAUCUACAAAGAUUUUGGAUUUGCUCAUAAUGAACAAAUUAUAUCCGGUCUUGUUUCUACUUUUCCAAUUAUUUUAGAUACAAUUUUUAAAUAUUGGAUCUUUCAUUAUUUAAAUCGCGUAUCUCCGUCACUUGUAGUGAUUUAUCAUUCAAUGAAUGAUUGAAAAAGGAUCGACCGAUCAAAUUAUAUAUAAUGUUUGUUACUUUGUACAUUAGCAAAACAGUCAAAAUUGUACUUAUUCUUUCUACCCACCCGGGAGAUUCCUUCAAUAUUCCAGUAACAUUAUUUCAGUAAAUCUAAAUAGCAGAAUCAUAGAUAGGAAACUCUACUAGUGACUUAUCUAAUUUUAUUGUAGAAAUUUUCGGGAUAAAUGAUUAGACUAUGCAAACUGGAAAUACCUUUUCUUGGAUAAAGGAAGAGAUUAUUCGAUUCAUUUCCGUAUCACUAUUAAUAUAUAUAAUAACCAGGGCACCCAUUUCAAAUGCAUAUCCCAUUUUUGCCCAACAGGGUUAUGAAAAUCCACGAGAAGCGACAGGCCGUAUUGUAUGUGCCAAUUGUCAUUUAGCUAACAAGCCCAUAAAUAUCGAGGUUCCACAAGCGGUACUGCCUGAUACUGUAUUUGAAGCAGUUUUUCGAAUUCCUUAUGAUCUGCAACUGAAACAAGUUCUUGCUAAUGGUAAAAAAGGAGGCUUGAAUGUGGGUGUUGUUCUUAUUUUACCUGAGGGGUUUGAAUUAGCCCCUCCCGACCGUAUUUCUCCCGAGAUUAAAGAAAAGAUGGGAAAUCUAUCUUUUCAGAGCUAUCGCCCCACUAAAAAAAAUAUUCUUGUGAUAGGUCCCGUUCCUGGUCAAAAAUAUAGUGAAAUCACCUUUCCUAUUCUUUCCCCGGACCCCACUACUAAGAAAGACGUUCAUUUCUUAAAAUAUCCCAUAUAUGUAGGCAGGAACAGAGGAAGGAGUCAGAUUUAUCCCGACGGGAGCAAGAGUAACAAUAAUGUUUAUAACGCUACAGCGGCGGGUAUAGUAAGCAAAA